AUGCUCACUUUCCUGCUUAAUCCUGCAACCGCUGAUGAUUGCCGAGAGUUAAUUCAGCAAACCGACCAUAACAAACGAGUUGUGGAGGUGGAGGAACGACUGGUGCAAGGAGGAUCAACCCAAACUGACACAGCCGAGCAACAGCGAAUUAUUGAUAUUAAAGAGGCUGUCAAAGUCGUGUCAUCAGCACAGCUCGCGAAGUUUGCCGUUUACUACUAUCGCCGUCUUAUUGACGAUGAUUUCGGCUUCAUUCGAAGCGAUCUGAUCGAGUGGAUAGAAAACACUUUAACAUCGGCGCAUCCAAAAGAGUUUCGCUUCAAUAAGGUCAAGUUCUGGAAGCACGUCAAAAAGGAGAACCCGCCAAGUGUGUUACCCGACCUAGCGAUCAGGUUACUGUCUAUCACAGUGAAUACCGCCACAACAGAAAGAUUAUUUAGUGAGCUUGGUAUGAUUCACACCCCCAGAAGAAACAAAAUGACAACCCGGAAAACGCAGGAUAUCCAAUGUAUUCGCCAGCACAUACGAGAACGCGACCACAUGUCAAGUCAACAUGAGCCCACCACCACCAAGAUACUUGAUCCUACUGAGCGUCCUCUGGUGGAUAGAGUUACAUGUGACGAGGUGGAGCUUGCUACGUAUGCGUCGCCAGGAAACCAACAUCAAGCUACGAUCCAGACAGGUCAAUUCUCUGCCAAUAGACUUCCCCCAAGCACCCCACAGGGACCUUCAUGGACUCCAAUGGCUCCCGCUUCAAACAACCCUCCAUCCCAACGCAAGUCUCCAGCCGCGACCCGUCGAUCGACUCCCACGUCACAAACCCCACUUCGCCGAUCUGCUCGUCAACGAACACCCACUCCACAGGCUUCGCAAGAACGGCAAGGAUCCCAUCCUGCAUCUGAAAACGAUGACUUGGAUGACAUCGGCGACGGUGUUGAUGGAGAAGACGUGUUCCCACGAUGGAAGGAAUACCUUGAUGAAGUUCUUGAAGAUGACGAGCUUGGGAACGAGUUUGCAAUAUCUCAACUGAAUGACUCAUACCACAACUGGGAGUUUGAACGCAUUCCUUCCCCUGACGCGACCCCUUUUCCAGUCGUUGAUGACACUCAAUUUCCACAGGAGAAGAGAAUUAGUGGGAUUCGCGCAUUGAAGGCAUCGCUAUCUGCGCUUUUCUCCACGACUACGCCCAAUUCUCCAAGGACUGGCCAGAACGUUUAA